CCGCCUUUAACCUUAACCGCGGUCUAAGUAACUCCGCUCACCACCCCUCCCUUCCUGUUCUUUAUAUUAGCCCACAACGCCUCCUCUUUCCUCUGGCGCUCGCUGCUUUCAAGUUUCCCGAUACCCACACGGAAGCCCAUCAACGAGAGAAGAAAUAGGGGAAAUCGAUGCCGGAAACAGCAGCGAGGGGAGGCGUUUGAGCACAUACCUUGUCCGUGGCUCCGAUCGGCGGAGGAGAUGACGGUGUUCGCCCACUCGAUGGGCCGUGGCAGCGAAGGAGCGGCAGGAGGAGUCGCGGUGACGAUGAAGGGCGCGGCGGGGCGGCUGCAGGUGCACCCGCUGCCGGACUACGGCGCGGAGGCGUCGCAGCGGCUGGUGGAGGUGGCCCAGCGCGGGGACGCGAGGGAGGUGGCGGAGUCCCUCGCGGACCCGGCGGUGGAUGUGAACUUCGCCGGAGCGGUGUGCCUGCGGGCGCGCCGGGCCACGGUGUCCCUUCGGGAGGAGGCCGCCGACGAGGUCCUGGUGGAGUACGAGGAGAUCCGCACUGACGCGUCCGCCCUCUUCCUCGCGGCCCACGCCGGUGAUCUCCUCGUCGUUCGCAAGCUCCUGGAGAAAGGCGCCGACGUGAACCAGAAACUGUUCCGGGGACACGCGAUAACGGCGGCGGUGAGGGAGGGGCAGACAGAGGUGGUGGAGGCGUUGCUGAAGGCCGGAGCAUCGCAGCCCGCCUGCGAGGAGGCUGUGGUGGAGGCCAGCUUGCACGGGAGGGCGAGCCUCGCGGAGUUUCUCAUCGGCACCGAUCUCGUGCGUCCCCGCGUCGCCGUCCAUGCGCUCGUCUUGGCCGCCUCCAGGGGAUUCCUCGACGUCGUCGACACCCUCAUCAAGUGCGGAGCGGAUCCGAACGCGACAUCUCGUGUGCUGCUGCGCUCGCUGAAACCAUCCCUCCACACCAAUGUCGACGGCACCGCACUAAUCGCCGCCAUCGUCAGCCGUCAGACCGCCGUCGUCCGGCGCUUGUUGCAGGCCGGAGUGCGGAAGGACGCCAAGGUGAGACUAGGUGCAUGGUCAUGGGACACCACCACCGGCGAGGAGUUCCGUGUCGGCGCCGGUCUCGCCGAGCCCUACACCGCCGCUUGGUGCGCGGUCGAGUACUUCGAGUCCGCGGGCACCAUCCUCCGGAUGCUCCUGCAGCAUCACUCUCUCAACGCUCCGCAUUGUGGCCGCACGCUCCUCCACCACGCCAUCCUCUGUGCCAAUCCUCGAGCCGUCGACACCCUCUUGGCCUGCGGUGCCGAUUGCGAGCUCCCGGUCAAGACCAGCCGGAAGACCGAGUUCCGGCCGAUCCACAUGACUGUCCGACUCGGCCUGGCUUCCAUCCUGCAAAUCUUGAUCGAUAAGGGGUGCGACCUGAACUCGAGAACCGACACCGGAGAGACGGCGUUGAUGCUAUGUGCGCGCUACAACCGCGAUGACUGCCUGAGGAUUCUUGUGACGGCCGGCGCUGAUCUUGGCCUGGUGAGUGUGGCUGGGGUGUCUGCCACCAAGGCCGCCGCUUGCAGCCAUUGGAGCAUCAGUUUUCAGCGUGUAGUCGUCGACCUGAUUCGGGCAGGAACGGUUCCUCGAUCGAGCAAUCCGUCCGUCUUCUCCCCGAUCAUGUUCGCGGCCCUAUGUGGCGACGUCGGAUCCUUGGAGGUGCUAUUGACGCGACCAGAUAUUGACAUCGACGGACAAGACGAGGAGGGGUACUCCCCGCUCAUGGCGGCAGCCAAAGAGGGCCACGUCAACGUGUUCCGCGUCCUGGUCUUCGCCGGCGCCAACGCGAAGCUCUGCAACAAAGCGGGAGAGACCGCAAUCGACCUUUCCCGGUCGAAGGAGAACCGGGAUCUCUUCGAGCAGGUGAUGCUUGAAUUCACUCUCGAGAGAGGGAGUGCCGGGGGGUUCUACGCUCUGCACUUUGCGGCUCGGCGAGGAGACAUGGCCGCCGCGCGCCUCUUGACCAAGAGAGGGUGCGACGUGAACGCCGUCGAUGGAGAUGGGUACACUCCACUGAUGCUGGCAGCGAGAGAAGGCCACGCGGAAGUAUGCCAGCUCUUGAUCCACGGCGGAGCCAAGUGUGAUGCCAAGACGCAUAGAGGCGAGACGGCGCUUUCGCUGGCGAGAUCGAACGCGAAGCUCGGAAAGGAUGCGGAGAACGUGAUAUUGGACGAGCUAGCCAUGGCGCUGGUUCUGCGAGGCGGCCAUGUCAAGAAGCACACCAAGUGCGGGAGAGGGUCGCCGCACGGGAAGGUGUUGAGGAUGGCGGCGGAGGCGGGGGUGCUGCAGUGGGGCAAGGCGAGCCGCCGGAACGUGGUGUGCAGGGAGGCAGAGGUGGGCGGGAGCUCAGCGUUCCAGAGGAACAGGAAAGGGAAGGGCGAUAGACGCGAGGCGGGGCUGUUCCGGGUGGUGACCGCCGGGAAGAGGGAGGUGCAUUUCGUGUGUGGAGGAGGGGAGGAGGCGGCGCAGCUUUGGGUGCGAGGGAUCAGGCUUGUGACGAGGGCAGCAUCGGGCAACGGAUCGUCUAACAGCACUGCGGCCUUGUAACUCGUUGCGAGUACUGAGUCAACCGAGAAGGGUGUUUUGGCAGGGACGAAAUAGGAACGGUGUGUCCAUAGUGAAGCCAAGACUUCAUCUUGAAGUCAGGGCUUCUCUUCUCUCUUUUUGGCCCUCUCCUUGAAAGGCCUAUGUGAAGUUUGCUUAGAUCAAAUGUUAGAUAUGUUUCUGAUGUCUGGAA